ACUCUUGUACACCCUCUGCUAUCUCAACCACAACUUGCUAACCACUCCACUAACCACACACCCUAUCACAGCCUAGACAGCCCCAGCACCCCGAUUCCUCUUAUAUCAAUCUAGCUCUGCAAUUUUCUAAGAUGAUGUCACCCUCGGAAGAACACAUCAACGCCGCCCUGAAGCGCCUCGAGCGCCUAACGUGCAGGCUCUGUAACUCGGUCUUCCCCACCCGGAACGCUCUGUUCGAGCAUAUUCCUACUCAUGCGAUGGAUAAGCCUUCUGUUUCUCAGACACCACAGCCCAUUGAGCGACUCACAUGCAGGCUAUGCGACACAGUCUUCCCCACCCGAGACGCUCUCUUCGCGCAUAUUCCCAUUCAUGCGAUGGAUAAGCCCUCUGGUAAUAGAAAACCACAGCCCGUUGAGCGCCUCACAUGCAGGGUCUGCGGUAUGGUCUGCCCCACCCGAAACGCUCUCUUCCAACACAUUCCUAUCCACCAGCGGGGUGAUAUGGAGAGCGAUACGCUUCCUGUGGUCACUCCACCUCCUGUUCAGCCUGUUCAGGAGCCCGCCCCGUUUGCUAGCCCAUUUGCUGAGCGUAACCCAGAUGUCGACCUCACUGCACGCGAGCCGGGCGCGGUCGACUUCUACCCAGUUGUUGUCAGCCCAGUUCCCUUCCAUCCUGCUUCUCCACCACGGACUUACCGAGGAGGCCAGGCUCCCUCCAGUACCCGCAGACACACACCCUACGUUCGAACGUCCGAGUCGAGGUACAAUCGCAAGCAUCCUUCACACACAGCAAGCGGUAAUGGAAAACCACAACCCAUUGAGCGCCUCACAUGCAAGGUCUGCGGUACGGUCUUCCCCACCCGAAACGCUCUCUUCCAACACAUUCCUAUCCACGAGCAAGGCGAUGCGAAGAGCGAUACGCCCCCUGUGGUCGCUCCACCUCCUGUUCAGCCCGUUCAGGAGCCCGCCCCGUUGGCCAGCCCGUUCGCCGAGCGUAACAAAAAUGCUGACCUCACACGCGAGCCGGGCGCGGUCGACUUCUACCCAAUCGUUGCCAGCCCCGUUCCAUUCCAUCCUGCUUCUCCACCACGGACUUACCGAGGAGGCCAAGCUCCGUCCAGUACCUACAGACACACCCCCUACGUUCGACCCUCCGCGUCGAGGUACAGUCUCAAGCAUCCCUCAAAGGCAGUAAGCAUCGGGGAUGUUCGACAAAGCAACCUCGCCAGACGCCGGGCUCGACGACAAGCACCACUGCCAGAAGUGCCAAUGGACUGGGAACCCACCUACGCCGAGGUGACGAUCCGAGCUGAAACGGACGACUUCGAGAAGUUUGGUAGGAUGAAGAACGCGCCGUUCAAGUUGCCUCGCCCCCAACCCAAGAAGCACAACAAGAAAACAUCGAGAUCAGCGCAUUGA